UUUUACUUUUCUUCACUUUUAGAUCCGCAAGAUGAAAACAAAAUAGGAAUAGACGGUAUUCAACAGUUCUGCGAUGAUUUAGGAUUGGAUCCAGCCAGUAUCAGUGUACUGGUUGUUGCAUGGAAAUUUCGAGCAGCCACACAAUGUGAAUUCUCAAAACAAGAAUUCAUAGACGGUAUGACAGAAUUAGGGUGUGACAGCAUAGAAAAACUGAAAAUCCUACUGCCAAAGUUGGAACUAGAAUUAAAAGAUCAAGCAAAGUUUAAAGACUUUUACCAAUUCACAUUCAACUUUGCAAAGAAUCCAGGCCAGAAGGGUUUAGACAACACAGAAAAUCUAAAGGAGGCUUGGGAACAAGACCUAGGCUGCCAGAUAACGAGGAGUAGGGAGAAGUGUGGAGGCAGACCUGCAGAAUCUUCAAAUGCAACAGAAUGCAAGAGGGGCAGAACUAAUUUUUCAAAGAUUUAGAAAUGGCAAUUGCAUACUGGAAUUUAGUACUUGCUGGGCGAUUCAAAUUCUUAGAUAUAUGGAAUAAGUUUUUAUUGG